AUACUUCAAUGAUUAUAUCGAAACACUAUUGCCGUGUGAUUUUUUCGGUGCGGGAUCUAUUUGUGUAACGUAUACUACAAAGUGAAAUGCAAAAAUUACCAUGAAAUUAAUCUUCUUUAAACAAAAUUGGUUUAAAAAAAAUGGAAACUCAUUGUUGAUACUAUCUAAUUCGAGGCAGGUGUUUAUAAUUCCCGAAAGAUAAAUGUUUUGGGGAGAAAAACGAGAUAGCCAAGCUUAAUAAUAGUAGUUGCUGAUUCAAUUGUGUUCAACCCAUAAGAAACGAAGGUUGUUCUUGAUCUUACUAAAACAUGGAUGAAACAGCUGCUGAGAAACAAGAUAAUCAUCCAGUAGAAGAUGAAACCAACAACGAUGAAUGUUUAGAAAAUAUACCACUUAAUCAACAGAAGGAAGAUGGGAAAAGUAAUACAGAGGUACUAGAUAUACCAGAAAAAAAUGAAGGUACACCAUUAGAAGAAACAACUGACAUACAACAUGAGAAAGAAAAACAAAUAUCGGAUCAAGACAUAAUACUGAGAAGCAGCGAACCAAAAGAAACAAAACCAAAGUGGAACCAAAAAUGCACUGUAAUAACUUUACUAUCUAGUGACGCAAGAGACGAAAAUGCGUAUGUUGGCAGUGGAAAAAAUCCUACAGAAACAAAACCAAAGAAAAUACCGAAAGUUCUAAGCAAACUAUGCCUUGGUCCAGCCAGUGAUGACUCGGCCAUUGGAACUAUCUCCGAAAAACCCAGACAAGAUGAAGCCGAGGAAAGUGAAGCAUGCGAUGACGGGGCAGACGCCAAAGAAAAGAAAAUAGUUUACAAGAACGGCACAUCGAAAACUAAGACAGUGAUAACUAUGUUCAAAAACAGAAGUGACAAUUUAGAGUGUUCGGACCAACACAGUGGAGAUUCGGAAACGGACGUGAACGAUAAUAAAACGGAAAACACUGUGAAAAAACUGAAUGACAAAAACAUGGACCUAAAGACUUCUAUAACGCCUAAAAUGCUGAGAAGGAUGUUUUCCAGGAAACGCAGCAGUUCCGUGGAAAGUGCUGAUGAAAGGCAUGAAAAAUUGAAAGAUAUCAGCCUAACAGACAACACGGCUGCUACGCCACCUGUUAUUUUAGAUUCCGAAUGGGAAGACGAAGACGUAGAACUGAGGAAGAAGCCCCAAUCCUUGAAGCACACCAUCACCGUAGGUUUCAGGAACUCUUUCAGAUUGAAGAGGACACUUAGUGAACCUUCAAACAAAAAACGGAGGUACGACCUAACACCACAAAGAUCCAACACCCUGAGGAUAUUUUCAAAGGCUUUAUUCCAGUUCCAAGUUUCCGAACUGCAACCACCUGCUCCACUUUUGGUGGAAGACCCUCCGAGUAGCGAAGAUGGGUCAGAUCUGGAAGACGUAAGACAGCUUACAGACCCCGCGCUUCUCAAUGGGUCCUCCGGAAACUUCGGGAGCGCGGGGACUCGUUCCGCUCCGAGUACGCCUCAGGGGGUGCAGUGCGCUUCGCCAGGAGGCCUUGCAGAACCUCUUUCUCAACCCUGCAGUCCAGGGUGCACGUCCCCUUCCAUACAGCGUAGCCCCAGCCACUCGGUGUUCACGAAGUGCGAAAAGGCUUCUUUGAAACACCUGUCCACGUCGACGCCAGUAAUGACGGCACAGGCUCAGCUGGCUGAGCCUCCUAGUCCCAAGGCUACCAAAGACCCCAAGGUUCACACCACCUCCAAGGCCAGGCAGAAGAAGUUCCUCAGGCACUUCCCCAAUGUGGAGGACGAUGAGAAGGUCCUGAACCAUUAUUCGUGCGCGCUCAUCGGCGACAUACUAUUGCAGGGCCAUUUGUAUAUCACGAAGAACUACUUCGCAUUCUAUUCCAAUGUUUUCGGAUACGUCACCAAGUUGUUAAUACCGGUGCUUACAGUAGAGAACAUUACUAAAGAGAAAACAGCUAGGAUCAUACCAAAUGCCGUAGGAAUUUCAACGAGUGAAGAUAAACACGUCUUUGGAAGCCUUAUGUCCAGAGAUAACACGUUACAGUACAUGAGGACGGUUUGGCAGAAGGCGAAAAGUGCAUCGCCAGUUAUAAUAGAACCCGAAAUUACGGAGCAAGAUCUGGAUUCCAGUGAAUCAGGAGAAGGGGAGAGUGGUAGGGAUUCUCCACCAAUUGAAAUAAAGCCAAGAUUUUCUCUAGUGAAAAAAGUGGGAGUGGGAAAGGAACAGUUAUUGCCAAAUGCAAGUGAAGCACUCAGCUACGAAAAGAAUUAUUCCAAGAGUCUAAUGAAGCCACUGAAGCAGGCCAUUUCGGAGUUCAGGAAGUUACCCAGGCAGAGCCUGAUUCUGUUUGCCACAACCUUACUGUUGAUUUUAUUGUUCCUGUCAGCAGCCGUGUUGCUGUAUAGGAUAAGCAAGAUCCAGAAUAGGUACUCGUUGGUGCUACAGGACAAUGUUGUGUCGGCGGGUUCGGAGGACAUUUACAGUGAUCUGCUGAACUGGCAGACGCAACUACAUUCUAAGUCUGCGGGGGCGGUUCAUAGUUUUUUAGAUACUAAUUUAGAUCAAAUUGCUAAGGUUAGGAAAUCUCUGGAGACACUCUCAUCUCUGCUAGUCCAGAAUAGUGGCUCAACGGGGAAGGAGGCUAACACAAAACCACUGGAAACCACUAAAGAUACCAGUUAGCAAUCCCACUAAUGACAUUCUACAGUCUAAAAUAAUCCAAAAGAAACUGAUCAGUAUUUCAAGAAACUUUAAGCUGUUCCACAAAGCAAUAUAUCCAGCAACUAACAGUCCGGAACGGUAACAGCACCAAUGUUGUCGCUGUAGAAUUGCCAAAUUUUAAUGCCAUUCUCCCCAGAGAACUCCGCGAGGUUUUCUAUAAGCAGGGAAGAUAUGGCCAAAUUGCUUAUACAACUUGUUCCCUGCUUUGGAAGACCUUGAUGUGUUGUCUUAAAUUUAGGAUAAGCAGCACACUUUACAUUAAGCUCAAUUAAACACAAUAAAUACAUUUCCCUUAAAACGGUUAGGUACUAAAGAUUGUCGAAAUUUAAGGUUACAUUCGUUGGGAAUGAUCUUGUUUCUGAAUUAAAACGCUGAGAAGAUCAAACCUGAUGGAUGCAACACUUCACUCUAGCCAGCAGAUGUCCACUUGAAACAAAAUAAAUGGGCCAUAGUGCAAGGGUAGCUUCCGUGCACAAAAGUAAUCUGAUUUGGAUCAAGUUGCCUUAGUACAAUUUUGAGGAUAGUAUUAUUGAUAAUUUAUAAGUAGAGAUUUAGAAAAACAUAGAUGUUUGAUGACAACACCAUACUUAAUGUAAAACUGUUUAUGCAUAUGUAAAAAGUAUAACUUUUGCAUAUGAUAAAGCUAUUAGAUACAUACUACUUACAAAAAGUAAUAUUUAAUACAAACAAAUUGCGAUACUAAAUACCAAGCAUAAAAAACAGAGAGCGGGAAUAAAUAACACGUAACAUUUGUUUCUAGAACAAUGCAUUUUAGUAUAAUUUUGCAACUUUAUUUCAUUUUCAAAAAAUAAAAGAAACUAUAUACAACCACUGAUUGAAAAAAAAAUCUGCUGGCUGGAUUGUCACCGUUUGUCAUAGAGGCCAAAACUUAGGUGUCGGUCCCUGGAACUUAGCAUCAUUUAGGCCUAAAACACGUAACUUUACUUACUCAUUAAGCCAGUUUAUACCUAGUACAAAUUAUUUAUUCCACUACUACAAUUUAAAUAUUUUAUAGAUAUCCUUUAGUUUUUGUGUGUAUGUACCAUUUACACCCCGUUUUAGGUUUAAGUUGCAUUUACGAUUUUAAUUCAUUUGACAUGUAUGGAUUUGUGAUAAAAAAACCUCUUGGCAGAAAUGAAUUGUUUAUAAAACAUAAGGAAUUUAAGGCAUGAGACUGCAUUUAGUGAGAAGUAUUAUAAUUUUCAACAAAAUGGUAUCGAAAAGUUUCAAUCUAGAAAUGACAGUUAAUCAUGGAUUUAUUCCUUACUGUAACAACUAUUUCAAUUGAUUGUAUUUAUAUUUAUGGAGAACAUUUUAGCACACAGUACUGUAUUUAUAUGUAAACAUAUUUUUUUAAUCUUUGACAAAUUGAAACAUAUCCAGACGUAAUAUAAUAAAACUAAUUUUGUUACAGGGUUGAAUAAAUUGUUGGUUAUGUGUUGACCAGUGCUCAUUAUCAGGGUGUACCAGCAAAAUUGGUUGUACCUAUAUUCGAGAAAAAAAAUCAGUAGUUCAUAUGUCUCUGUCUUCAAAUUAAUUUUUAUUAUUAUUUAAGAUCUAUUUGGGCACCCUGUUAUUUUGUAAAUUGUAAAUACCUCUUGGCAGUGAAUAAUGUUAGGUAGGCUAGGUUAGAAUUUUAAUUGUUGGGGGUCCUUUCCAAUUUGAUACGAAGAGGGUAUUAGAAAAAUACAUAUAUGAUUGAGGCAAACUUUGAAUUUUAUAAAAAAAGGUGCUUGUGUUUACUGAAUUAUGCAAGAUAUUUAUUGUAGGUAUAUUUGUAUAUUUUUGUAGUAUAUUGUAUAGGAGUUGUCUUUUUUUUUGUUUGUAAAUUUUGAUGUAUCAUACUUAGAUAUUCUGAUACCACGUAUUUAUUGCAUAUUUUUAAAUGUCCUUAAAUUAAUUGUUGAACAAAAUAGAGGUUUUACUUCUUUUUUAUUUUGUUGUUUGUAUUUGUUGUUUACAUAUUUUAAUAUAGAGAAACCUGUGAUAUCUUAUUUGUUUUGCUUUUUCCA